UUAUCUAGUGGUUAUAAAGUUUCAUUUUUGCAGAUGAAAAGAGUUCUGGAGAUGGAUGGUGGUAAUGGUUGAACAACAAUAUGAAUGUACUUAAUACCAUUGAACUGUACACUUAAAAAUGGUUAAGACUGUACAUUUUAUGUGACGUAUUUUCUCACAAUUAAAAAUGGAGAGAGAUUAAAUAAAAAACAGAGCACUUUUUGGGACCCCAUCAUGAAGUUGAUCUGGGAUAUGAUGUUUGAAAUGGAUGCGCCAUCUCAGUAGAUGGAGGUAAUGUGGAGAAGAGUGGAGGAAGACAUCCAGCUGAGAGGGUUUUGGAAACUAUCAGUCCUGUUUGUCUGGAUGGUAGGGUCUAUCGGGGGAAACCAUGCAAGCUGAGACUGCAGCCGGGCCAGUUGGUGCAGGCCCAGCAUCCUGGCUGUGGAGUUGGGCCUGCCUUCUUAGAUUCUGGGAGCCUCUGAUGGUUUCUGCCCGGGGGAGUGUCAUUCCAAAGGUGGUGCUGGCUAGAGUGUAUACAUUUGGACCCAAGCUUAACUUUUCCAAUGUGGAAUCCUGGGCCUUCAUUGAUCAUCCAAUGGCAGACCAGAGAAUGGACAUUUCUUCAACCAUCAGUGAUUUCAUGUCCCCGGGCCCCACCGACCUGCUUUCCAGCUCUCUUGGUACCAGUGGUGUGGAUUGCAACCGCAAACGGAAAGGCAGCUCCACUGACUACCAAGAAAGCAUGGACACAGACAAAGAUGACCCUCAUGGAAGGUUAGAAUAUACAGAACACCAAGGAAGGAUAAAAAAUGCAAGGGAAGCUCACAGUCAGAUUGAAAAGCGGCGUCGGGAUAAAAUGAACAGUUUUAUAGAUGAAUUGGCUUCUUUGGUACCAACAUGCAACGCAAUGUCCAGGAAAUUAGAUAAACUUACUGUGCUAAGGAUGGCUGUUCAGCACAUGAAAACAUUAAGAGGUGCCACCAAUCCAUACACAGAAGCAAACUACAAACCAACUUUUCUAUCAGACGAUGAAUUGAAACACCUCAUUCUCAGGGCAGCAGAUGGAUUUUUGUUUGUCGUAGGAUGUGACCGAGGGAAGAUACUCUUUGUCUCAGAGUCUGUCUUCAAGAUCCUCAACUACAGCCAGAAUGAUCUGAUUGGUCAGAGUUUGUUUGACUACCUGCAUCCUAAAGAUAUCGCCAAAGUCAAGGAGCAGCUCUCCUCCUCCGACACCGCACCCCGGGAGCGGCUCAUAGAUGCAAAAACUGGACUUCCAGUUAAAACAGAUAUAACCCCUGGGCCAUCUCGAUUAUGUUCUGGAGCACGACGUUCUUUCUUCUGUAGGAUGAAGUGUAACAGGCCUUCAGUAAAGGUUGAAGACAAGGACUUCCCCUCUACCUGCUCAAAGAAAAAAGAUCGAAAAAGCUUCUGCACAAUCCACAGCACAGGCUAUUUGAAAAGCUGGCCACCCACAAAGAUGGGGCUGGAUGAAGACAACGAACCAGACAAUGAGGGGUGUAACCUCAGCUGCCUCGUCGCAAUUGGACGACUGCAUUCUCAUGUAGUUCCACAACCAGUGAACGGGGAAAUCAGGGUGAAAUCUAUGGAAUAUGUUUCUCGGCAUGCAAUAGAUGGAAAGUUUGUUUUUGUAGACCAGAGGGCAACAGCUAUUUUGGCAUAUUUACCACAAGAACUUCUAGGCACAUCGUGUUAUGAAUAUUUUCACCAAGAUGACAUAGGACAUCUUGCAGAAUGUCAUAGGCAAGUUUUACAGACGAGAGAAAAAAUUACAACUAAUUGCUAUAAAUUUAAAAUCAAAGAUGGUUCUUUUAUCACACUACGGAGUCGAUGGUUCAGUUUCAUGAACCCUUGGACCAAGGAAGUAGAAUAUAUUGUCUCAACUAACACUGUUGUUUUAGCCAACGUCCUGGAAGGCGGGGACCCAACCUUCCCACAGCUCACAGCAUCCCCUCACAGCAUGGACAGCAUGCUGCCCUCUGGAGAAGAUUCCUUUGUUGUAGGUGGCCCAAAGAGGACCCACCCCACUGUUCCAGGGAUUCCAGGGGGAACCCGGGCUGGGGCAGGAAAAAUAGGCCGAAUGAUUGCUGAGGAAAUCAUGGAAAUCCACAGGAUAAGAGGGUCAUCGCCUUCUAGCUGUGGCUCCAGCCCAUUGAACAUCACGAGUACGCCUCCCCCUGAUGCCUCUUCUCCAGGAGGCAAGAAGAUUUUAAAUGGAGGGACUCCAGACAUUCCUUCCAGUGGCCUACUAUCAGGCCAGGCUCAGGAGAACCCAGGUUAUCCAUAUUCUGAUAGUUCUUCUAUUCUUGGUGAGAACCCCCACAUAGGUAUAGACAUGAUUGACAACGACCAAGGAUCAAGUAGUCCCAGUAAUGAUGAGGCAGCAAUGGCUGUCAUCAUGAGCCUCUUGGAAGCAGAUGCUGGACUGGGUGGCCCUGUUGACUUUAGUGACUUGCCAUGGCCGCUGUAAACACUACAUGUUGCUUUGGCAACAGCUAUAGCAUCAAAGUGCAUUACUGGUGGAGUUUUACAGUCUGUGAAGCUUACUGGAUAAGGAGAGAAUAGCUUUUAUGUACUAACUUCAUAAAAGCCAUCUCAGAGCCAUUGAUACAAGUCAAUCUUACUAUAUGUAACUUCAGACAAAGUGGAACUAAGCCUGCUCCAGUGUUUCCUCAUCAUUGAUUAUUGGGCUAGCUGUGGAUAGCUUGCAUUAAUUGUAUAUUUUGGAUUCUGUUUGUGUUGAAUUUUUUAAUCAUUGUGCACAGAAGCAUCAUUGGUAGCUUUUAUAUGCAAAUGGUCAUUUCAGAUGUAUGGUGUUUUUACACUACAAAGAAGUCCCCCAUGUGGAUAUUUCUUAUACUAAUUGUAUCAUAAAGCCGUUUAUUCUUCCUUGUAAGAAUCCUUUACUAUAAAUAUGGGUUAAAGUAUAAUGUACUAGACAGUUAAAUAUUUUUAAUAAAUGUUUCCCUUGUUCUAUAAA